AUGCUGUCUGCACUUCGGGCGUUGUCGCGUCCGCUUCAACGGCAGUCGACAUUCUCUCUGCUGCAACAGAACUUCUAUCAAAAUGCUACAUUACCUUCGCUAUCCCGUUUCUUCCAUCCCUCGCUACCUGCCGCCGUCACCCUAAACCAGUCUACACGGCGGAAGCCACCGAAGAAGGCGAAGAAGCCUAGGUCGCCUCUGUUAGAGGGAAACUCACAGAAAAAGGGCGUCAUCAGCUCUGUCUUCAUUCUGAAGCCGAAGAAGCCCAACUCCGCCAAGCGGAAGGUCGCUCGAGUAAAGCUCACUUCUGGGAAGACCCUCCAGGCGUAUGUCCCUGGCGAAGGACAUAACUUGCAGGAGCACGGUGUGGUGCUCGUGAGAGGAGGUCGUGCGCAGGAUUUGCCCGGUGUUCGAUAUAAACUUGUCCGCGGAGCGUACGAUUUUGGUCCUGUGGUGAACAGAUUGACAGCGCGGAGUCGAUACGGAGCGAAGAAGCCGAAGCAGUAG